AUGGAUGACCAAGGAUGUCCCCGAUGCAAAACUACUAAAUACAGGAACCCGUCUCUGAAGCUGAUGGUGAACGUCUGCGGACACACGCUAUGUGAGAACUGUGUGGAGAUGCUGUUUGUUCGAGGAUCGGGGAGCUGUGUGCAAUGUGACACGCCCUUGAGGAAGAGCAACUUUCGCGUGCAGCUCUUCGAGGACCCCGCAGUCGACAAGGAGGUGGAAAUCCGCAAAAAAGUGCUGAAGAUAUAUAACAAGAGAGAUUUUGACUUUCCCAGCCUGCGAGAAUAUAACGAUUACUUGGAGCAAGUGGAAGAUAUAGUUUUUAACUUGACAAAUAAUGUUGAUGUUGAGGACACCAAACUGAGGAUGGAGCAGUACCAGAGAGAGAAUCGAGAUGUAAUCCAGAAGAACAAGGCCAAACUGACCCGAGAACAGGAGGAGCUGGAGGAGCUGCUGCUCCUGGAACAACAGGGCAAUGAGCAGCGCAGACUGGAGGUCCUGCAGGAGGAGCAAAGGCAGCUUCAGACCAAGAGGAAGAACAAGCAGGCUCUGCUGGAUGAGCUGGAGCAGUCUCAGCUUCCUGCCACCAUCCUGCUGGCGCAGCACAAAGCCCGCGCAGCUCAACUGGAGACAGAGAUCGAGCAUCAAAAACAGAGCGUCAAACCUGCCAGCCUGUUUUCCACGGGAAUUCAACAGAACCAGACGGUGUCACUUCAGCCUGUUCCCAGGAUUCAGGAGGUUCUGUACCAGUACAGGCCUCUGAAGGUGGACACCUAUGGACCGGCCGUCCCAGAACUGGAGCAGCUAGGAAGACUGGGAUACCUGAACCACGUGCGUGCCGCUCAGCCGCAGGACACAGCAGGAGGCUACACCACUGCACUGGCCUGUCACCGGGCCAUCCAGGACGCCUUCAGUGGGCUCCUCUCUCUGUAG